AUGCAGUUGUUUCCGACUUUUCACUGGAACCUCCAGUUUGUUUUCCAUCUAGCCGAUCCUUCAGAAGUGCCUUAACCUAAAUAAAAACUCCAGAAUUUACUUUUCUUUCUUAAGUUCACAAAAAUACAAUAUGAAACUAGAAAUACAGGAUCAUAAUUAGCAUAGAAAUGAAAGAGCAAUAAUUCACAAAUGUAUCAAUUAGGACGCACAUUUUUGCUUCGUUCUCAUGGAAGGAAAAGGUGAGGGGAUAUCUCUAUUUAAAAACUAGUCGGAUAUAACUGGCUAAAGCAUAUGUUUCCUGAAGGUGGGUGCUCCUAUAUAUUCAUGAAAUGCGAAAAAGGAGGAAGUGCCCUGCGAGAUCACAAAAUCCCCCAACUCACUGA